AUGGCCACAGCUACCCUCGCGGCUACAGAUCUCCGCGCUGAACUGAAGGAAUGGGAGCGCGCUUUUUCGGCUGCUAAUGGGGGGAGGAAGGCCGGACGGCAUGAUAUUAAGAACAAUCCUGAUAUUGCCGCCAAAUACAAAGCCUACGGCCGCAUGAAAGCCCUCGAAUCCGCAGCCGACAAAGACACGCACCACGACCAGAACGAAAGCACACUAGAAGAACGACCCAAGAAACGAAAACAUACCUCCCCAACCGGUCCUGGACACGAACAAUCCGACGCCGCUACGCCCCGGAAAUCAAAUAAAGGAAUCUUCGCGACCCCCUCACGACCACGAACAAACCAUCCCGCCGAUAUAGAUCCCUACGACUCUCCUUCAGUAUUGCGCCGAUUAUUCAGUCCCAGUACGCAUCAGCAAUCUACACCGCUCAAAGCUGCCGUUGGACCUACGCCGCAGCGCGAUGGGAAGGCAUUGGGUUUGUUUGAUCUCCUAUCCGAGUCUGGGGGUAGUACCGCGACACCGUCUGCGGCUCGGAUUGCUAGUCUGGAGGGAGCAGCAGUCCAGACACCAUCGAGACGAAACCGCAUGGAAACAAUCGCCGAAGAGGACGAGGAAGAAGAAGAAGAAGAAGAAGAGAACCCCCGCGGCGGACGAACGCCCGUAUCAUCAGGGAAAAAGCUCUAUCUGGAGAAUCUGUUCGCGACACCCACGACGAUGAAAUACGCCGCGAUGGUAGAAGACGAGGAAGAUCGCAGACCAACCGGCGCCAAUGUCCAAGCUGCAGCGGCUGCAGCAUCAGCGAACAGGAGAGUAGCUGGUCCGGGCGAAACACCAUCAUUCCUACGACGCUCGAAUGCGGGACGGUCGUUUAAUGUGAUGGAUCCGUCGACUGGUGGGUUGAGCCCGAUUGCUGCGCGCAAACCACCGCAGUUCGUUGGGAAGGGUCUUUCGGCACUCGUGCAGGGACUGCGGGAUAUGGAGGAGGAGCGGAUGGAAGAUGACAUGGAUGUAUUGCGGGAGCUUGAAGCGGAGCAAGAUGCCAUGGAUAAUCCCGAGGUCGACGUGCAAGGUAGCCAGGCAGGCGGCGCUGGUCGAAAACCAUACAAGAAGAAGGGUCAGAAGAGGACUACUCGCCGUGUACGCAUGAAGCCGGUUGUUGUCCCGAAGGCACGGACGAAGUUGGCGGAACUAUCUGGUGACGAGGAGGAUGAACAAGCCGCGAUUCCGGAGACUCAAUUCCAACAAACCGAAAACCACUUCUCUGAAGAUGACGAUGCCGACGACGCCUCCCUACACAGCAUCUCCGAGCGCGAAUUAGAAGACUCGGACUCAGACCCCGACUUCGACGAACCCGUCACGAAGACCAAGAGCUUCGCCGAAAAGAUGAAAGAAGCUAUCUCCGCAGACUCCAAGAACAACCCACAAGAGUCGUCUCAAUCAUCCGAAAAGGCAAAAGAAAAGGCAGAGCAAAAGGAGAAGGAAAAGAAAGACAAGGAGAAGGAAGAGAGUGCUAAGCCUCGCCCGCGCAAGGUUAACCCUGAAGCGCAUGCGAAUUACCGCUCUCUUAAUAUUAGGAAUAAGAAUACUAAAGGACGGGGCGCUGGACGCUUCAGGAGGAGAUAG